AUGGAGGAGGAAGAGGUUGAGCUAUUGAGUGAAUUUUUUAAGUCUAAAAGUAUAGGAAUAGGUUUGAAAAGACGAAAAUGUUGGGAGAUGUUGGUGGAUGAGCUAGUGAAAUUUGGAAAUUGCAAUUAUUUUGAAUACAUGAAAACAUUGAGAGUAUUUGGGAUAAUUAAUAGACUGGAAAGAGACUCUAAUAUCUUGUUUAGGGAUACGAGUAGUCCGUUUUUAAACGAUAAAUCAAUACUAAAGUGGUCAGAGUAUAUUGAAAAAGAUGAACAAAGUAAUCUAAUUGGAAAAAAAUCGAAUCAAGAAAUUAUGGAAUCUAGUAUGGAAAUAAUAAAGGCAAGAUUGGCCGGGGAUUAUUACAGAAGUGAACUAUUGGAUAUCAUAUAUGCUCCAAACGAGCCUGACUAUUCAGACUAUCUUAAUUUGGACCAGCUUAAUAAUGGCCAAGAUCAUAAUAUAAAGAACAAACAAAAUCCAAAAGAAACAAGAAAUAUGUUCACAACAGGAUUAAGUGAGUUGGAAAAGAGCAACCCAGAAAUUUAUGAAAAGCAAAUUAAUAAAGAGAACUUCAACAACUCAAAUUCAAAAGGAGUCAACUUACUGAGUUGUAUGGGGAGAAAUCUUAAUAAAGGUUCAACUACUAUCGGUAGUCAGAAUACUGAGGCUGAAAGAAUACUAGCUUGCCUGCAAGGUAAAGUGAAGAUGGAACAUAUAGAGUGGGUUUUAAGUAUAAGGACUGAACCAAAGAAUUUUAUUUCGGAAAAAGAUGUUAUUGGACUAGAGUCGAUCAAGAAAAUGUUGAGAGUUAAAAUCAUAAAUCCAAUACAACGCCCCGAUUUACAUAUUGGUUUACAUUCUGCUCCAAGAGGAAUCCUCCUUUUUGGCCCUCCUGGUACUGGAAAGACUAUGCUAGCCAAAUGGAUAGCAAGUGAGUGCAAGGCAUCAUUUUAUGAUGUGUCUCCCGGAAGUAUAAUGAGUAAAUUUUAUGGAGAAACUGAAAACAUUAUCAAAGCUCUUUUUAUGAUUUCUGAGUACUCAUCACCAUCUAUUAUAUUUAUUGAUGAAAUUGACAGCAUUUUUAGCAAGAGAACGAGUAAGGAUGAUGAUAAUAGUAUUAGGCUCAAGAACCAAUUUCUCCAAAUGAUUGAUGGUGUACAGAGUGAUUUGUCUAAGAUUGUUGUUGUAAUUGGAGCUACAAAUAGGCCAGAUAUGUUGGAUGAUGCAGCAUUGAGAAGAUUAACUAAGAGAGUAUUGGUACCUUUACCAGAUUUGGAAUGUAGGCUUGAACAAAUUAAAUAUAUUCUAGAAAAAAAUACUCAAGGAGGAUGUCAAAUAACUCACGAUCAAUUAAAAUCUAUUGCAAUAGAAACUGAUGGCUGGAAUGGAAGUGAUAUUAAGAAUCUGUGUAUAAAGGCUGCAGAAUUUUCAUAUGAUGAGACUAUUGAAAAGUAUAAUGGCAUCCAUAAUGUUCCAAAUAGAGAAGCAUUUAGGCCAAUUACUAUACAAGAUUUCAAUUUAUCAUUGAAGCUAGUCAAACCCAGUUAUUCAUCCGAAAAUGACCAAAAUAUGGACAUCAUUAAGUGGUCGAAUUUAUUUGGAGUUGUUUAA